AUGUCCAGCUGCAUGUCCAUCUCAAGGGAUGACAGAUUCGUGUGCACAAAAGAUGACGUUCCGCAGAUUCGUGUCUUUGAUGCUGACAUCUCCCAAAAUCAUCAAAAUCCCCGCAUUUUGCCUGGCAACAGCACAUUGGCGGCUGUGGCUCAAAAGAAGGGGUGUUUGAUGGUGUUUGAAAUCUGUAGAUCGCAAAGACCUAGCAUUGGCAGGCUUGCGAUGAGCCCCCUUUUGACCAUGCCCCCAGAAAGCAGGAAGGCGGCUGAGUCACAACAUCAAACCCAGGAAGAGUCUCACAGUGUUUACUUUCAAAGUCCUCUCAUGGGUACAUAA